AUGAACGGCGGCUACUAUCGAAACUCGCCAUACUAUCAAGACCCGAAUGCUAGUUUCGAUCCGUUCGCAUCUCCUCAGCCUCACCCGCCACAUAGCAACUACUAUAGGAAUCAGAUAGAUCCUCAGUCGGUAGAUGUAUUUGCUGAAGCUCCAAGAAGAAGAUCUAGUGGUGAAUCUAACUCUAUUAGUAGAGCGAUACGCAAUGCUUUGGAUCCUGAGUAUUAUGUACAACCAUCUAUGGAUGUUCUGGCAUCCAACAGUUACGACGAUUCAUCCAUUCUGGCAGCAGUUUCAUCUACUCAUUCGUCGCAAGAAGCGGGAAGUUCACAGCCGGAAGUAACUUCCACGUCUCAAAAACACAAGUUGAAGAAGCCAAAACCUAAAUCAGAAAAUAAUGGAUUUGCAUCCAUCUUCAAUACAUUAUCUUCAAAAACUAAAACCCAUGAUGAUGGUCCGUUAUUGCAAGAAGACUUUUUAUCACCAGACAACAUCAAACGCUACCGCCUCGAACAACGCAAACAACGACCGAAACAAGUUCGAAUGGAUGAUUUCCUGUUUAAAGCGCGAAGAGUUGAUAAAGGAGCCAGAGAAUUCGGACUGCACACCACUCACGAACCAAAAAGAGGCAGUAAAAAAAAGAGGGAUUCGAUUGAAAUGCUAGAAGUAAAAAAAGCGGAUUACGAAAGGGUGAAACAGAAGAAGAGAGACGAAGUGAUCGAGAAAAGGAAAGCGGAAGUGGAUGAACUGGAUCUGUCAUUAGCGUUUGGAACACCAAGUCCAGUGAGAAGCUGUCGCAAUGUAUCAAAAAUAACCAAAUUCUUCGAAAAAGACGCUGCGAGACCUUCAUUUCAAUCUCCAAAAAGAUCGAGCAAUUCGGAAUCAUAUGCAAGCGAUAGUUUUUUAAAUGACACAUAUUCUACGCCAAUAAAGGAAACUGUCCCUGAAACCUAUUCAACGCCAACGUCUUCUAAAAUCAGAAAGUGCUCGGAGCGAACCACAUUUUUCGAUAAAGGACCUUCUACUUCUUCAGCUGCACUUUUCCAAUCCCCAGCGAGAAAAAUCACAAUCAACGAUCCGAAUUCGUACUACUCCAGCGAAACGGUCCUAGACGACACUUUAUGCUCAACUCCAAAUAGAUCUUCACUUGUGGAAACAGUUCCUUUUCCUUCUUCAAGUCCUGCUAGAUCGCAAAUGACACCGAAGAGAGUACAUCCUGGUGGAAGAUCCAUCAUUGAACUGGUCAAGCCGAAUCCGAUAAAAAGGAAAGACUCUUCAAAAAAGCAAGAUAUAAGACGAGAGCCAUUGAUGCAAGUGAAACGACAGAAAUGCUCCAGCAGUAGCAGAAAGCCAGAGUUUGAUUAUCCAUCCUCUCCUAUCACUUUGACUGAUGAUGAAGACAUCAAAGUGAAACAAGAACCACCACCACAUCGACAUGCACUGCGACAGGAGCAGCAGAAGCGACAGGAAUUCGGACAACAUGUUUCAGCACGAGAAGAAAUGAUGAGACAACUCGUAGAUCAAAAGUUCAAAGAUGAGCGAGAAAAUGGAGGAAUCGAAGCAAGAAGGGCAGAAUUGAAAGAUGGAGACGUAAUUAGGAACAAGGAAAUGAGAAAGAAUCUGAUGCACGGAGCAGCUUGCAAGUGUUGUCGAGGAUAUUACGAUGGAUUAGAUAUGGACGAGCGCGAGAAGAAAGAUUAUAUUGAUAAGGUUUUUUUCGUCUGGAAGACGUCUGAUAAAGUUCAUGAUUCCAUUCAGAUUAGUCGUCAUCGAUAUGUUCAUCAACCUCUUCCGGACACUCCUGAACGAUAUUGGGAUUUGACUUUAGGUCCUCGAGAAGAAGAUUCUGUACCAGUGAUGACCCAAGAGAGAAGAUGGGAAUCAUCCGGGAGAAGGAAGGAGCCCCCUGGAAUCACUAAUUGGAACUAA